AUACAUGCUCUAGCCACAUCCUUUAGCCUAAAACUAGGGUGCCAACUCGAAAGAUAUUUAUCUGGUGAUCUUUCCGAGCCCACUCAUAAACUACUCAAGGCUGCAUCAUCAGCACCAGUGCAUAAAAUGUUAGCAGACCACACUUUAGGGCUUGUUGAUGCGCUGUGGAGAAGGGCUCCUAAUGAAUCCAUAGGUUUUGUUGGAGGAAAAGUACAAGGUGUCCAAAAUAAAACUAUAAAAUGGCUAAACAAUCAAACUGAGACUCAGCAGGAAAAAUUGAUAAAAUAUGCGGUUAGACACGGGGCCAAGUCCAGGCAGCUUUUUCAACAAAGGCAAUUCGCACUGCAAAAUGCCUUGGCGAGAAAGCAAGAAGAUGUUUGUAGAAAGAGAGAAAAAGCUAACCGCACCAAAUUUGAAAAACUUAUCUCGAACGUCUUAUAUCAAAAGGGACCUAUUCUUGAGUUGGACAUCUUUUCAAAUUUGGAAGAAGAUCAAAAGUCCAAACUGCAGGAAUUUUUACAUCACUAA